CACCUCUUCAUCCUUCGUUCCCUCUCUCGCUCUCUGUCUCCGUCGUGGUUGGUUGAUCGUUAGUCGUGGCGGUGGAGGGAUGGCAGAGGCCGGAGCGAGGAGCAUAUGCGGCGUGCCGGAGAGGGUGCAGCUGCAUGUGGCCAUGCUGGCCCUGCAGUUCGGGUACGCCGGCUUCCAUGUCGUCUCCCGGGCGGCCCUCAAUAUGGGGAUCAGUAAAGUGGUGUUUCCCGUGUACCGGAACAUCAUCGCCUUGAUCCUGCUCGUUCCCUUCGCCUACUUCCUCGAGAAGAAGGACAGGCCGGCGAUGACGCUCUCUUUCCUCAUCCAAUUCUUCUUCCUCGCUUUGUGCGGUAUAACUGCAAACCAGGGAUUCUAUCUGCUUGGGCUCGACAACACCUCUCCCACCUUCGCCUCCGCCAUCCAAAACUCUGUCCCAGCCAUCACCUUUGCCAUGGCUGCUGCCCUCAGAAUAGAGAAGAUACGGUUCGACCGACGCGAUGGGAUCGCGAAGCUCGUCGGAACUCUAGCCUGCGUCGGCGGCGCGACGAUCAUCACGUUGUACAAAGGUCCCUCCAUAUUCAGCCCGUCGCGCACGCUGAACGAAGCGACCCCGUCGUCCUCCGCGUCCACAAUGCUGUGGUUGGGUGAUGCCAAGGGGAAGAACUGGACGCUGGGCUGCCUCUUCCUCAUCGGUCACUGCUUGUCGUGGUCGGGGUGGCUAGUGCUCCAGGCGCCCGUGUUGAAGAAGUACCCUGCGAGGCUCUCGGUGACCUCGUACACGUGCUUCUUCGGAGUGAUCCAGUUCCUCAUCAUCGCCUCCUUCAUCGAGAGGGACGCCGAUGCUUGGAUCUUUCACUCCGGCGGCGAGCUCUUCACCAUCCUCUACGCGGGAUUUGUUGCUUCCGGCAUCGCCUUCGCUGUGCAGAUAUGGUGCAUUGACAGGGGCGGCCCUGUCUUCGUGGCCGUCUACCAGCCAGUCCAGACUCUGGUUGUUGCAAUCAUGGCGUCGAUUGCUUUGGGAGAGCAAUUCUACCUCGGCGGCAUUAUUGGUGCCGUGUUCAUCAUAGCUGGGCUGUACCUGGUGCUGUGGGGAAAGAGUGAAGAGCGAGCCUUCGCUGCUAAGGAGGCAGCCAUGGUUGUCUCCUCCACCUGCGACCAUGACGGCGUCAGACCCAUUGCUUCACCGAAAGCUUCCACCCUAACUCAGCCGCUGUUGCCCUCGCCACCCUCUGAGAACGUGUGAUCCAAACCGUAGACUAAUUGUAAUGCGAUAUUGCCAGGAGGAAGACUGGUGUUUGCUUGAAAGCAGAGUCGACGUAGAUGUGUUCAGCACGGUUGGUCUAUGUUUUCCUUGAUGAGAUUGAUGAGUGCCCUGUUUGAAGAAGCUACUAAGUUUGCUUUUGGUUUGUUUGCUGUCCAUCUUCCACUGUUUGUAUGGUAUAAACCUGUAGAACAGAAUCAGAGGAGCAUCUUUUGGGUAUCA